AAGGAACCUACCUGCUAGCAAGUCUGUGGAUUCUGGAAUUCUGCCAGACUACAGUUACAAAAUGGAUUAUCCAGAGAUGGGGAAAUGUGUUAUAAUAAACAACAAGAACUUUCACAGACACACUGGGAUGUUGCCCCGUUCAGGUACAGAUGCGGAUGCUGCACGUGUCAGGGAAGUUUUUAUGAGGUUGGGAUAUACAAUAAAGAUCAACAAUGAUCUUUCCUGCGAGGACAUUUAUAAACUAUUGGAAAAAGUUUCUCAAGAAGAUCAUAGCAAGCGAUGCAGUUUUGUUUGCGUGUUGCUGAGCCACGGUGAUGAAGGAUUAAUUUAUGGUACAGAUGGUCCUCUUGAACUGAAAGCAUUAACGAGCCUUUUCAGAGGCGACAGGUGCAAAAGUUUAGCAGGAAAACCCAAGCUCUUUUUCAUUCAGGCUUGUAGAGGAACAGAAUUAGAUUCCGGUAUUGAGACAGACAGUGGAUCGGUUUUUGAACCAAUGUGUCAAAAAAUACCUGUAGAAGCAGAUUUCUUGUAUGCGUAUUCUACAGCUCCAGGCUAUUACUCCUGGAGGAAUUCAGCUGAAGGCUCCUGGUUUAUUCAGUCACUCUGUAAAAUGCUGGAGGAGCAUGCAAGGAAACUUGAACUCAUGCAGAUUUUAACUCGUGUAAAUCGCAAAGUGGCAGAGUAUGAGUCCUGCUCAACUCGGCAGGAUUUUAACGCAAAGAAACAGAUUCCUUGCAUUGUCUCAAUGCUUACCAAAGAAUUUUACUUUCCUUGCUAAGAGAGUUUCACUUUGUAAUUUUUCAGUUCAUGUUUU